CAUAUUUACGUUAGAAGAAAGGCAGAUGUCUCUCUACGACACGGAGUGGGAAUCGUCCCAACCAUCUCGGUUGGCACCAUCUUUGGUGUACCACAAGUACCAACAGUGUGAGUGGAAAGUUGUAAGGUGGACAUCAGACCUAAUUUCAUCCGCAACUUGGGCUGACGAGUAAUCACCAACCCUGAUCUGCAAUUUCAGGCCAUUUGCCCGCAGCAGACCUCGUGUAGGUAUUGUUUGCUGCUUAAGGUAGCGAGACUGAAGAUCCAUGCGAGCAUCAAACCCGGAAUAGGGAACGGACGACGUGAUAAAGCUGGACAGGAGGCUUGUCUUCGAGAGUCAUCCAGUAUGUGGAUGGGAAAUGAACAUGAUGGUGGGACCGAAUGACUCGCUUGGCAGGCAGUCGGUCGAUGCUCGUUCGUGGCAUAAGCACUGAAUGAAGACGACGAAGGCGAUUCCCGCGAGAGCCUUGAGCACGUCGCGACGUGUUUUCUGGCUUCCAUGUCUUGGUUCUAGAUUACCGGCAGAAGGCUGCCGGCUUUAGGGAGUUCUGAGGUCUGUCCAUGUCGCGUCUCUUUGACGAUGGAUAUUUUCCUCGUUUACUGUCAUCUCACCCAUAUUUUGCCAGUCGGAACAUCGCCGUGGGCGAAGUUGCCGUUUCUCUACUUCUAUGCAUCAUGAUCAAAGUGGAGAUAUUUCUUCCCGCCUCUAGUGAGAAUCACUGGUCUACGUCAUACGAUGGCGAGAAAAAUCACAACCUUGCUAUCAAGCCAAUCGAGUCGUCAAUUGAAUGAAUCAGCCGUUCCAGAUUAUGAUUAAGCGUUUUUCCUCUCCUUGAAUCCGAUUACUGAUCUCCUCUCCUCGGAAUAAACCUUCACCAGGAAAACAGGAUCGUUGCACUGGAUCUGUCUCUUUUUUCGUUACUCUUCAUUGCCACAAAAAACGUCCGAACUCUGGAAAAACUUGGCCAGGACCUUCUUUGCUCCCGCGAUGCUAUCCCCGAGGAAAAACUCAACGGCAUCGCCCCCUCCGUGACUUCAAGAACCGAAAGUAGCUGCUACAAGUCUUGGUCGACGUCAUUCUCUUCACCCAGGACCUCCGUGAAACCUACUGCUCGCCAUGCGCGAAAGCAACAGCGACGAGUUACGAUGAGAGGCGAAUUUGCACUCAUGAACUUAUCAAUCGCUUGACACAGCGGCCACAUCGACCGACAAAAAAUGUUCCUUCGGCAAAUCCUAUGGGAGACAUGAGUACAUGUCGUCUGGACCAACGAGCUCAUCUUGCGAAUGAAGGAUAUGAAGACACUUUUCGAUGGCUCUUGCUCUCGAGGGAGGGUGGUGGUGGUGGGAGCACUGCCAGGAAUUUGGAAACAUCCUUGGCAAGCCUCUACGAGAGCAUGGAAGAGAAGAUCAAAGCUACAAACUACAUUUUUAAUAUGGCAAGACGGACAGAAAGGUUGGCCACGAUUGCACAACACCCGAGUGCCUUGGGUGCACUCGCAAGGGUUUUGAGGGAGGAAGGGCGGAAGAGCUUUAAUCUCCGAUUGAACAUCGUUUCCAUCUUCUUCUUGAUGUCAUUUUUCCCGAAGUUUCAUCAGUGUCUUUUGGAGCAAAAAAUCGGCAAAACAACUCUCAACAUUCUUGUGCUGGAGGUUCAAUGCAUGGAAACUAGGAUGCAGCUGGAGGAGACAGCAGCUACCCCUGCCCGAUUGAACUCGGAGAAUACAACCACCGCAUCAGAAAUAAGUCUCAUGUUCCAAAAUACUAAGCAGGAGAAGUUACUCUACAUGUGUAUCAGCUUGCUGCUCAAUAUUGCAGAGGACCUCAAUGUUGAGAAGAGAAUGAAAAAAUGCAAUCUGGUGGAGUUUUUGUGUAAAAUUCUAGUGAGGAAAAGCAUCGCUCUUCUAAUCAUAACUGUGACGUUUCUCAAGAAGCUGAGUAUCUUCAAGCAGAACAUGGACGUUAUGAAGGAAAACGGUAUCAUAUAUAGGCUCUCAGUCCUCAUCCCAUGUCAGCACGAGUCACUACUCCUUGCUGUAUUAAGACUCCUCUGGAACCUGUCGUUCGAUCCUGGGCUUCGAAUGGAUAUGAUUAAAUGCAAAGUUAUUCAAGCAUUGGAAAUGCUUCUCAAGGACAAGAAAUUUGAACAUCUGGUCUUUGGUUUGCUGUAUAAUCUUUCAAUAGACGCCGAGGGAAGGAAGGCGUUUCUGGAGACAGAUAUUGGACCUAUGAUCCUUCAGGCCAUGACUGUUGAAUCCAGGCAAAACAUAACUGGAGAACUGGUGGCUCUUGCUGUGAAUCUCACAACCCUUCCUCACACCAGUGAGAUCAUUUGCAGAUCACAGGGACUAGAGAGGUUCCUCCAACGUGCCAUACAGUUCCGGAACCCCCUUCUUUUCAAGGUCAUCAAGAACAUCAGCAAAUCUGAAACAGCAAAGCCUCAACUCCUACGAUUCUUACCAGCUCUAAUAGACGUUAUCAAAAGACCUGAUUCUUGUACCUUCCUUCAGGUGGAGGUAAUGAAAAUUUUCAAUCAAGUAGCGACUUUGGGUGAUGUUUUUUAUCGGCUCGUGGAAGACACAGAUCUUCUUCAGUUCCUAAUGAAAAGCAGCUUGAUGGAAGAGGAGGAAAUCUUCCUAGAGAUUGUAGUAUUUGUGGGUGCUGUCGGCUCUGAUCGGAUUGCGGUCAAAAUUGCGGACUCGGGAUUGGUGAGGAGGAUGUGUACUUAUUUUCUUCAGAAAAAAAGAGACUCCGAGAUUGUUCUUCAGUUGCUAUGGACAUUGGGUCAGCUUUUGUUGAACGCUUCAACCAGCAAAGAGGUUGUUGCUUGUGACAAGGCAGUGGUGUCUAUAUUGGAGCUUUCACGGGAUCCAAACAAAGCUGUUGCCAGACUAGCAGAGGUAUUGGUGAACACGAUCGUUGAAUUUGAUGCACAAUGGUGUGUAAAGCUAAAAUGGCUCAAAUUCGCCUCCUAUAAUAAGGAGCGCUAUGCACUCUCAGAGGAUUCUAUGGAUCGUGUUUCGACGAGAACUAGUUGAACGAUGUCUUUGAACCAAGACAAGGCAUCAGGAAGGGUCAGCCACAUCCACGAAAUGAAAAAGCUUUGGAAACGCUAGUCAGGCUCAGUAAGUUCCCCAAGCAGGACAAGCAGACUCAGACUUUUGACAAUUAUGAUCUUCAGCUUCGGGCAGAUAAGCUUCCAUCAGGCAGUACCAAGCCUGUCAUGUCCCGAGUCUGAGGCGACUGACCCUCCCUGGGAGAAAUGCCCCAGUAGAUGUUUGACCUUGUUGGACAAGAAAUCGGCAGUGGCCUCGGGAGGUGUUUUGACUUCUUUUGAAGACUUAAGUAUGAGAGAGUUGUCCAGUCUCGGUUGAUGUGUCGAUCAAAUCGAUUCGACACACUAGAGCUCACACUCAGAGCGGCGACAAUUCUGUGCCUAUUCUGCUUGGCUUGCUGAUCUUCACAAUUUUAGUAUUGCAUACAAUCGAGCAUCGUUGUCUUAAGCCUCCUCGAUGCUGAUUGAGGAGGGUAAGCGACGA